CGGGGCGGGACCUACCUGAAUUUGUCUAAUAGAAACGGUUGUUUUCGUUUCAAAAAUGAAACGUUUUGCAACUGUUUGGACUAAUGAUUACACACUUUGCUUUGUAGCAAGCUACCCACAAUGCAAUGCUAUGCUAGCUGGUUCUUAGCGGAGUAGCCAGAGAGCAGAAAACAACAACAACAAGGGUGAACGAGGCUCAACAACAGGCUAGCUACUAGCUAGGCCAGCUACAUGGGUAGCGACAAAAACGACCAGGAUUUAUCAAACGCGAUGUCCUUAUCAUCUAGACGUAUAUCGGUGCCAUGAACAGUGGACUCCCAGCUUCAGCUGCUCCGCUCGGGGGUGUCGGAAUACCCUGCGUCAAGGUGAAGUUCUGCCGAUACUACGCAAAGGACAAGACUUGCUUUUAUGGGGACGAGUGUCAGUUUUUGCACGAGGAACCGUCCAUGGCAAACAUGUCUCUUCACGGUGGAGGAAGCCCUGUCCCUUUAUCCAUGUCAGGAGGAGCCGUGACGGCAGCGGGGUAUCCGCUUAGUGCACCCCCGGCCUGCCCGGUAGGGGUGGCGACCGUCACCAAAAAGAGCGACUCUCUUGGGUCUGCAGGCACGGCUCUGGAUGGACAGCUGUUAACCAUCCCUGGUAUGGAGGGUGGGACUGAUGCUAAUCUGACCAACUCCUACUUCAGCAGCAGCUUCAUUGGGGUCAACGGCUUCGGGAGCCCCGCAGAGUCUAAAUACUCAAUGAUGCAGAGAAUGACCAGCAGCAGCAGUUCUCCCAGUCUCCUUGAUGAUGGUGCAAAGAACUUUAGCCACAGCGCUCACGAUCUAUUCCAUGGAACCCUGGCAGUUGGACCAGGUCAGAGUUGUGGGUCGAUGGAAAACUCUCCGUGGACAACACAGUCUUCAUUCCCUCUUCCUCUAUGUCCUCUUCCUGAUCCAGUUAGUUCUCCCAUGUCCUCACUCUUCAGUGACUUUGGUGCUCUGAGCAUAUCACAAAGGAGAAAGGCUCCCAACCCUACAGCCAAUGAGUUCAUCCCUAAGGGGGUUCCCCGCAUGGCCACUAUGGUCCAGUCCAGUGUUCCAGCCUUCCCCUUGCCCCUCUUCCCCCACCCCAGCCUCAGCAGCUCCACCGCCGCUGCCCUAGCACCCGGGAUGUCUCUUUCUGCAGGGUCCUCCCCCCUCCACUCCCCCAAAAUCACCCCCCACACCUCCCCUGCCCCUCGCCGGCGCAGCCACACCCCCAACCCCAACAACCCCAAUCCAGCUAACUACAUGGUGCCCACCAGUGUGUCUGACCAGGGGGCCCACAUCAUCCAGAAGGAGACGGUGGGGGGGACCACCUACUUCUACACCGACAACACCCCCGCUCCCAUGGCCGGGAUGGUGUUUCCUACCUACCACAUCUACCCCCCCACUGCUCCCCACGUGGCCUACAUGCAGCCCAAAGCCAACGCUCCGUCCUUCUUCAUGGCUGAUGAACUCCGACAGGAGCUGAUAAACAGACAUCUAAUCACCAUGGCUCAGAUCGACCAGUCAGAGAACACCGGUGUUCCCUCUGAGGUGGAUAGCUACCACAGCCUGUUUCCCCUGGAGCCUGUCCCCCCUCCCAACCGCCUGCAGAAGACCAGCAACUUCAGCUACAUCACUUCCUGCUACAAGGCCGUCAACAGCAAGGACGACCUGCCUUACUGCCUGAGGAGGGUACAUGGUUUCAGGCUGGUGAACACCAAGUGUAUGAUGCUGGUGGACAUGUGGAAGAAGAUCCAGCACUCCAACUCUGUUACCCUGAGGGAGGUCUUCACCACCAAGGCCUUUGGAGACCACUCGUUGGUGUUUUCCUAUGACUUCCAUGCGGGGGCAGAGACCAUGUUUAGCAGGCACUUCAACGACCCCACUGCCGACUCCUACUUCACCAAGAGGAAGUGGGGACAGCACGAGCCCCCACCACCCCGGCAGCACGCUGGUCUGCUUCCUGAGUCUCUGAUCUGGGCCUACAUUGUCCAGCUGAGCUCAGCUCUCAGAACCAUCCACACUGCUGGCCUGGCCUGCAGGGUCAUGGACCCCAGCAAGAUCCUCAUCACCGGCAAGACCAGGUUACGGGUGAACUGUGUAGGGGUGUUUGAUGUCUUAACGUUUGACAACAGUCAGACCAACCAUGUGACCCUCAUGCCACAGUACCAGCAAGCGGACCUGAUAUCCCUGGGCAAGGUGGUGUUGGCCCUGGCCUGUAACUCUCUGGCUGGCAUUCAGAGAGAGAACCUGCAGAAGGCCAUGGAGCUAGUGUCAAUCAACUACUCAUCAGACCUCAAGAACCUCAUCCUGUAUCUGCUGACAGAACAGUCAAGGCUGCGAAGCGUCAAUGACAUCAUGCCUAUGAUCGGAGCUCGCUUCUACACACAGCUGGACGCAUCACAGAUGAGGAAUGAUGUCAUCGAGGAGGACCUUGCCAAGGAGGUCCAGAAUGGUCGUCUCUUCCGUCUGUUGGCUAAACUGGGCACCAUCAACGAGAGGCCAGAGUUUCAGAAGGACCGUACGUGGUCGGAAACGGGGGACCGGUACCUGCUGAAACUGUUCAGAGACCACCUGUUCCAUCAGGUGACGGAGUCUGGGACCCCCUGGAUAGACCUCAGCCACAUCGUCUCCUGCCUCAACAAACUGGACGCGGGCGUGCCUGAGAAGAUAAACCUGGUAUCUCGUGAUGAGAAGAGUGUUCUGGUGGUGACCUACUCAGACCUGAAGCGCUGCUUCGACAGUACCUUCCAGGAGUUGCAGCAGGCGGCUGCCACUGGCCCCCUGUAGCGCCCCUGCCGCCCCCCACACACAGGCAGCGGGGUGGGACUGCCUGAACCCUGAACCUGAAAGCACAUUAUUGCACUACAUCGGAGGACCAGGCGCAUAGUGAUGACAUCAUCAGAGGGGGCGGGACUUGCUGAAUCAGUCACAUACACUGUCUUAGCAACCAGGAUCAUUUUUUUGUUGUUUUCCUAAAAACCCAGCAGCUGCCACUACAAAUAGUGGACAGAAACGGAAGCUGUGACGAUGACAACAAGGAUGAUGAACACUGCAUUAUUUUAUUUUAGAACUGGGGAACAAAACGGAUACUAAAAAAAUAAACCAACCACGUGGUAUUGAA